AUGGCAACUCCACCACCCGUAAUCGUCGUCGGCUCCGGCCUAGCCGGCCUCUCCGCCGCCAGCACCCUCAUCUCACACCACAUCCCAGUGCAAAUGCUCGACCGCGCCCCCAAACCAGGCGGCAACUCCAUCAAAGCCUCGUCAGGGAUCAACGGUGCCGGGACAAAAUUCCAAGUCACCGACGACAGCGCAGAUAUCUUCUUCCAGGACACGCUCAAGUCCGCCGGUGACGCAUUCAACCGGGCAAGUAGCGACGAGCGCGCCCGGCGGGAGAAGCUUAUUUCCACGCUUGCGAGUCGCUCCGCGGACGCAGUGCACUGGCUCGUUGAUGGGAAGGGUGUCGAGCUGAGCCGAGUCGCGCAGUUGGGGGGACAUAGCGUCCCGCGGACGCAUCGGGGGGCGGGGCGGGAUCCGCCUGGUUUUUCAAUUGUGGGGACGUUGCUGAAGGAGUUGAAAGGGGAGGAGCUGUUUACCUUGCAGAGCGGGGCGAGGGUUACGCGGGUAGUCAAGGAGGGGGAGUGCGUUAAGGGGGUAGAGUAUGUUACUGUCGAGGGUGGAGGUGGACAGCAGGGCAAGGUGCAGACGCAGACGCAGACACACACGCUCGAUGGCCCGAUUAUUUUCGCCACGGGCGGCUUUGCGGGUGAUUCCAGAGGUAUGCUGGCGCGGUAUCGGCCGGAUCUGGCCAAUUUCCCGUCAACCAAUGAGGCGAGGGAAGGCACGCAGCCGAUUCUUGAGGCGGUGGGUGCGUCGGUGGUCGAUAUGGACUGCGUGCAGGUCCAUCCGACUGGAUUCGUGGAUCGCAAGGAUCCGGCUGCGUUGGUCAAGAUUCUGGCGGCGGAGAUGCUCCGCGGUGAGGGUGGGAUUCUGCUCAAUGGCGAUGGAAGCCGGUUUGUGAACGAGCUGGAGACACGUCAACAAGUUGUUGACGCGAUUGUGAAGUCGACACCUCGAAUGGAGACGUCUACGCGCCAGUGGGAUGUAACGCUCGUACUUGAUGGGAGUUCCGCAGCGGCAGCUGGCUCGCAUAUGGACUUUUACGUGGCGAAGGGACUCAUGCAGAAGAUGACAGUUGGUGAGCUUGAUUUACCGGCGGUGAAGACCCUUCAGGAGUAUGGCGAUGUUGUGUCCGGAAAGAAGAAGGAUCCAUUCGGCCGUAAAUCCUUUGGCCACUGGAAACUUACCGAAGUAAUGCCGGAGCACGAGGUUUAUACCGGACAGGUGACGCCUGUCAUUCAUUUCACGAUGGGAGGGGUGGUGAUUGAUGAGCAUGGCAGGGUCAUAGGAGCAGAAGGGACCCCGAUAGAAGGUCUCUGGGCUGCAGGGGAGGUGACCGGCGGUCUCCACGGCCAGAACCGUCUAGGAGGGUCAUCUCUUCUGGAGUGCGUGGUCUUUGGACGUAUAGCAGGGAAUGAGGCGGCUGCAUGGCACAAGGAACACUAUCCGGCAGCCCCUCCCUUGAGUGAUGAUACAAGGAGCCGAGCAUCAUCGUCCGCUCAGGGUCACGCAUGA